CUUUGUUUGGUCUGGGUCCGUGGUGUUUCUGUGUCAUCUUGCCUAUCCACCCCUUACAACACAUACAGCAUGGCCAGGCACGGGGGCCGUGAUUCCCUCUCAGGGAUCGAGAAGCCGGCGGUCGAAGCAUCCGAGAACUAUACACACAAUGAGCAGCCAAACACUGGCAAUCUCAAUGUCCGCGCUAUGGACCCUGAGGAGCGCAUUCGUAUCGAAAAGUCUCUCCUCCGCAAGCUUGAUGCUCGGUGCUCCUACUUUGUUGUCAUUUAUAUCUUGAACUACCUCGACCGAAACAACAUUGGUGCCGCCCGUCUCAAGGGUCUUCAAGAGGAUCUCAAGUUGAGCGAUACCCAAUAUGCGACAUGUCUCUCCAUUCUUUAUGUCGGAUAUAUCCUCAUGCAGAUCCCUUCCAACAUGUUCAUCAACCGAAUUCCCCGGCCAUCGCUCUACAUCUCGGCAGUCAUGGCGAUCUGGGGUCUCAUUUCGACGUUGACCGGUCUGGCCAAGGGCUUUGGCGGCAUGGUUGCCAUCCGGUUCCUGUUGGGCUUCGUCGAAGCCGCCUUCCUGCCCGGAGCGCUCUUGAUUCUCAGCAAGUGGUACACCCGUCGUGAGCUGACCAAGCGCAACGCCAUUCUCUUCUGCGGCAAUCUCAUCUCGAACGCCUUCUCUUCUCUCGUCGGUGCUGGCGUCUUGUCCAACAUGGACGGCGUGCUGGGUCACAGGGCCUGGAGGUGGCUGUUCUAUAUCGAAGGUGCCGCCACCAUGUUCGUCGCCGUCAUGGCGGCUUUCAUCCUUCCCGACUUGCCGACCAACAGCCGCGGGUUCACCGAGGAGGAACUCUUGGUUGCCCAGUUGCGCAUGACCGAAGAUGUCGGUGAAGCCGAUAGCGACUCAGCCGAUAUGGGGAUCUUUGACGGCUUGAUUAUGGUCGUCAAGGACUGGAAGGUUUAUCUGAUGAUGCUGACUUUCACUGCCUACACCACCGGUUUGAGUUUCAACGCCUUCUUCCCUACACUCACGGGUACUCUAGGCCUGGCAUAUGUUCCCACUCUUCUUCUCAGCGCCCCUCCCUGGGUUUUUGCCUGCAUCUUCUCACUCAUCAACGCCUGGCACUCGGAUCGGAAACAAGAAAAGUUUGGUCACAUUGUCGGCCCCAUCUGCAUGGGUCUUGUCGGAUUCGUUAUCAGCAUGGCGACCCUCAACAAGGCGGCGAGAUAUGUUGCCCUCUUCCUGCAAGCUGGCUCUUACGCUGGCUUCAUCGUCUUUUACUCGUGGAUCAGCUCUUCGUUUCCCCGCCCACCUGCCAAGCGUGCCGUCGCUCUGGCCAUGAUCAACGCUUUCAGCCAGCUUGGCAACGUCGCGGGAUCGUACGUCUGGGACCUGAAGGAGAACGGCUACCGCAAGAGCUACGGCAUCGUGACGGCCAUGUUCGGUAUCACGGUUGUCGGCUGCUGGGUGAUCCGUAUGGUGCUUGUUGACCAGAACAAGAAGCUUGCGCUUGGAGAGGAAAGUGCAUGGGAGGUGCACGACGAUGUGGCCAACCAGACGGCGAGAGUGGAGGGAUUGAAGAGCGAAGGUGCCGAUUUGAAGCCACAGAUUGGGUUCAGAUAUCUUGUUUGAUUUAGCGCAGGAAAGCGUAUGUCUGUAUGAUUUCAGAUCUUGGUUAAUGAUACCCCGAGAACUUGUUCAACUG